ACAGGAGAAGAAGAAGAAGAUGGAACGUGAACGUCACGUUUGUGAACGUCAUUAAACCCCGCUCGACGUGUGCAUGCGUGAUUUCUGAGUGGGCGGAGCCAAAACCUGCAGACUUUUGGACGCUUGGACGGAAGAGGUGCAGCUGCGGCAGAUUGGCUCCCUCUUCAUCAAUCUGCAUCAUCAUGGGGAAUACAAACAACCACUCCUCAGGAGGAUCUCCUUUGGAUUUAUUCCAAACUCCUCCUUCGACACCGUCAGAGGCGGAUCUCUCCGCCUUGGCUUUGUCCAUCGUCUCCUCCAGGAAGCCGCAGACACCCUCACUAGACAUGGCCGCCACCACCUCUGCAGUUCCAGACUGGACACAGAAGCUGUCUCCACCUUCCGAGUGGGCUGUCAUAAGCGUGGACAGCGUCAUAUCUCCACACACAAACAUAAGUGAUGAAGUAACGGGACACGAAGACGACGACGACGAGGAGGAGGAGGAGGCGGCGGUUGGUCUGCCCAGCCUGACAUCAGUACCUGCGUCCAUGCCGUGUCCUUCGGAGCAGAGUUGGCAGGAGCGGGACAGCGGCUUGGAACCUCAGGCCGCAGCUGAGAGGUCCUCGGAGGAACUGACCCUGACCUUACACGGCCUGGUGGAGCGGUACAAGACCUCAAUGGGCGUCAGCCCCAGCACUUCUAUGGGAACUGAAGAACUGCUCCGACAUUUCAUAGCCGAGAGAGACAGACUCACCGACGAGGUCAACGGCCUGAGAGAGAUGCUGAAGACGGAGAGGUCGGAAUGGCAUCGGUUCCAGUGUGACAUGCAGAUUGCCGUGUCGGUGGCCGAUCGUCUACGAGCGGAAUCGGAGCAGGCCCUCACUGUGCUCCAGGGCAACCACAGGAGCGUGCAGAACCAGCUGGCUCAGGCGCACAGCAGACGGCAGGAGACGGAGAAAGAGCUUGAACGUCUGCGGUCAGAACAAAGGGACGUAUGCACGAGACUGUCCGCACUUGAAGGGCAGCAGCAGCAUCAUCAUCAUCAUCAUCACCAGCAGCAGCAGCAUAAACCAGAAAUAGAAGACAUAACAGCAGCCUGCGGAGAAAAGCCAGAGACACAAGGCUCUGAGAAGAUCUCUGAGAAGGUUCAAGGCCUGGAGACUCCAGAGACACAAAUGUCUGAGAAGAUCUCUGAGAACGUUCAAGGCCUGGAGACUCCAGAGACACAAAUGUCUGAGAAGAUCUCUGAGAAGGUUGAAGGCCUGGAGAUUGCAAAUGUUAUGGAGGAAGAUGAGUUGCCAAAGGUUAAAGGAGAAAAAGAGGAUCCUGAGAUGAAUGAUGAGAUUAGUGAAAAAGGCCUGCAGCUGACAGGAAAAGGUAUAGCGGAAGGUUACCUUCGAAGUUUGGCUGCACGGGAGAAGAAAAAAGAAGGGCGGAGUCAAAGUGAGCCAAGGAAGAUCGUCAUGUUGUCUGAAAGAUCUUGGAGUAUGUCACGUCUUCCACUGCCGGCUGACGCCAUGAAUAAUAAUAACAACACGAGUACAACGUUGCCGUUUUGCAAGAAGGAGGAGCCGACACGAGCGAGGAGGACCACCCACGGUGUGACGCGUGUGGACGGCUGCUCUAGCGUUCUUGCGGGUAAACGGUGUGGAAACCCAAAUUCAAAUACUACUAAACCUCAAGACAGAGUCCAUCCCGUGUCUCGGCGUCACGGCGGCUCCAGAAGAAACUCCCUGCUUUUUUGGUGUCAAAGUCGUACUCAAGGGUAUCAGAAUAUUGACAUCACCAACUUCAGUACCUGUUGGGAGGAUGGUUUGGCCUUGUGUGCCGUCUAUCACACCUACCUGCCCACUCGUGUUCCUUUCCACAGCCUCAACCCAGCAGACAAGAAAGGAAAUUUGGAGCUUGCUUUUAAGACAGGAGAGUCUGUUGGAAUCAGAGCCACUCUGUCCACAGAAGAGAUGCUGAAGUCAGGUGGUCCAGACUGGCAGAAGGUUCUGGGCUACGUGGAAAGCAUAUAUCAGCAUUUUGAGAAGUGAGGUACCAUCUCCUCUGCCUGCAUCAAGGCUGUUUGACUACUAGUAUGCAACAUUUUAUGGAUCCUACCUAGUGGAGUUUUUUUUUUUUUUUACCUUUUCUUUUUAAAAUUGCUCGUACUGCAAUAAGACCAGCAGCCAGAUUGUUGCACUGCACACUAAUAACUUUUUACAUGACAAUGAACUCAUUUCACAUUUCUUUUGGUGAGCUAUGAUGCACUGGGUCGCACCUACAAUUAUGUUUUAUGAAAAUUAGCACUUUAAUGACAACCCUUUUUGGGAUUGGAGCACUUUAUCUGUUAUGUAUCGUCUGCUGUGAUUGUCACAUUCAUUGUCUGCAUGCAUCCAAAGACAUUAAUCUAGUUUUAAUGUUAUGUUUUUCUAACCUGUAUUGUCUGUGAGGAAAAUUUUAGCAAGUGUUUGUCAUUUUUAAAAAAUCCAAUAUUGAAGUAGUUGCCUGAGGACUUUAUGCAAUAAAGAUAAUAUAUACAUAUUUA